AAAGUGCGUUGUCGGCAACUUUGAACUGCCUAGAUUUAACAAAAAUAUAUUUUGUUUUUAUAAUAUAGUUGUCCGUGAUUUAGUUGAAAUUCUAAAAUAUGAAUUUUUGGCGAUUACAAUUGCAAAUGGUUAAGCUAAGCCGCUUGACAAUUGAACUACUACAAAGCCGAUUUCAAGCCCAUUCGGCAUUCAUCGCUAAGUCCAAACAGAUAACACAACAGAUAUCACAACAAAACAGACUUUGUCAUUGCAGGAGCAGGAACCAACUCAACGACAGCAAUAUUGAGGGCAGCAUGCUAAAAUAUUUGAAUCAAAAGGAGGCCAUUAACGUGGACCUGGAUCUCUUCAAUGAGUACAAGUUCAGUGUGGAUCAGCUAAUGGAGCUAGCGGGUCUCAGCUGUGCGCACGCCAUAGCCAAAUGCUUUCCGGCGGACAGAUAUGAACGUGUGCUCGUUUGCUGCGGCCCAGGCAACAACGGCGGAGACGGACUGGUCUGUGCCCGUCACUUGGCAUUGAUGGGCUACACGCCCGUUCUAUAUUACCCAAAGCCGACGCCAAAGCCGCUGUACGAAAAUCUCGCUUACCAAUGCCAGCGCAUGGAGAUUGAGACGAUUAGUGAUUGUCCAAGCAUAACGUCCGCUGCUGAUAGCUACGAUUUGAUUGUGGAUGCACUGUUCGGCUUCAGCUUUAAGCCCCCCGUGCGCACUGACUUUGUGCCAGUGGUGGAGCUGUUGCAGAAAACAAAGCUGCCCAUAGCCAGCGUGGACAUACCGAGCGGCUGGGAUGUCGAGGAGGGUAAGCUUAACGACUGCGACAUGGAGCCAACGCUGCUCAUCUCAUUGACAGCGCCCAAGCUCUGCGCCAAGCACUUCAAAGGCAAGCAUCACUUUUUGGGCGGGCGCUUCGUGCCGCCAGCCUUGCAGCGCAAGUACGAGCUGAAUCUGCCCACGUAUCCUGGCAAUGAGAUGUGCCUGGAGCUGUAAACGCCCAUGGCAUACCCAAGCCAUUAUGUUAACAAUUUUAUAAUUGAUCAAAUCCGCAACUAAAGUCUGAGAACGUUAAAUUCAAUUAA